UACCUGGAGAUGGAGUAGGUCUUGUCAGUAUCAUCAAUAAUAUCAGCAAUGUAUUUCCACCGAGUCCGCCACUCUCUCAGGGUAUUUCAGAAUUUUGCAAUGGAGAUAAUCUUCCUCGUAAUUGUUCAACGCACUAUGAAUGCACUCACGUAUUAGAGGUUAAACGACAUUCAGUUGUCGAGGUUAUGUUAUACGAUAUAUCUGUACUUGGACUCUAUCAUCCGUUUCAUCUUCACGGAUAUGAUUUCUACGUUUUCGAUAUGGGAAAUUUCACGAGUAACGAUACGGAGGGCAAUGUAAAGUCGAUACUAGCAAAUCACGAAAAUAAACUUCGUAAUGGGGGAUACAAGAAUCCUCCAGGAAAAGAUACAGUUUUGUUACCCAGCGGAGGUUACGUCAUAUUACGUUUCAAGGCUGACAAUCCAGGCUGGUGGCUUUUCCAUUGUCAUAUAGUUUUUCACAUGAUUGUAGGAAUGGAUCUGAUUUUCCACGUUGGAAAUGAUUAUGUUGAUCUUCCACCUGUUCCACCUUUCUUCCCACGCUGUUACAAUUUUAAGCCAAAACCUUUUUUUAACAUGGAUCCGUUUUUUAUCUAACAAUCACCAAAUAAUAUUGGGUGAUUAUUAAAUUCUUGUUACGCAAAUAUUAUCAAAAUUUUCCCGAAGGAGCAUAGAGUGAUUGACUUUCGGUAAUUUUUUAGCAGAGAAACUACAAUCUUACCAAUGGAAUAUACGUACCCCGUAAACGUCUGUACUUAAAUCUUAUUACUUUGGUACGUUAUUGGUUAAUUGUUAGUAAAGUUUCGAAAAGUAUAUUGAAAACAUUUGGGGUAAUUUUGGUAAUAAAAAUUCACAAAAGCAUCGAA